AUGGCUGGAAUGAUUGCCCUAAACGCGCGAGACACUGUCAUCGUCAUCCAUACUUCAAGAAACUCCCCACAUAUCCAAGAGGUAGAAGAAGAGAAGUCAGGAUCACAACAAGUCCCUGGAGAAUGGCCAGAGCUGCCCAAUGUAAUUCAUCCACGCCAACCACUGGGACGCGCCACCAGUCGAGCUAGCCGACACAGCCAACGACAGAGCAUCUCCAGCGAGAUCUUUCACGAUGCCAUCGAGGCCCAGGGAUAUGGAACGGCAGGCCGGGAAUCAAAGCGUUUGAGUGGCGCCUUUCGACAUUCGAUCAUCGAGGGUUUCUCUGAGGAAACAGAUACGGAAAGACUGAAGGAACAACGGACGGGGGAGGAGCAGUCCCCAUCCAGAAUGCGGUAUAACCCAGGCAUCUGGGCCAUAAUGGCUGCCCUCUGUGUGACGAACCUGCUAGUGGCCUUGGAGGGGACGGUAAUCUCAACUGCCUUGCCCACGAUUGUCGAGAACUUGGGCGGCGGAGAAGAGUAUGUCUGGGUUUCGACAGGGUAUUUCCUCACCAAUACGGUCUUUCAACCUUUGUAUGGUCAAAUGGCCGACAUCUUCGGCCGUCGAUGGCUGAUCAUCUUUGCGGUGGCCAUGUAUGUCCUGGGCUGCGGCAUCAGCGCUGGUGCUCCGACGAUGGAUGCGCUGAUCGCAGGCCGUGUCAUCCAGGGGAUCGGGGGCGGAGGCAUUACGCUUCUGGUCAACCUCAUUGUUUGUGAUCUGGUUUCCCUGCGCGAGCGAGGACGGUUCAUGGCCAUUGUCUUUGCCGCUGUCUCCAUCGGCACCUCCCUGGGGCCCAUCGUCGGCGGCCUAAUCGUGCAGCGGACCACCUGGCGUUGGGUAUUCUAUCUAAACCUGCCAGUGGGCGGCAUCUCCAUCGCCCUUCUGUUUAUCUUCUUGCAAGUGGGCCAUCGCGCCGAGGAAACUUCCAUCAAACGACGGCUGAAGCAGAUCGACUACGGGGGCAACCUCAUUUUCAUUUUGGCCAUCUCCUUCAUUCUCGUCGCCCUCGCAUACGCUGGCACCCUCUGGCCAUGGUGUUCCUAUUCAACUAUCAUCUCGUUGGUUUUCGGCUUCUAUGGCGUUGUUGUGUUUAUUUUCUACGAACAGAGCAACUUCUGCCGCCAACCGACGCUGCCCAUGCGCCUCUUCACACGCCGCACGUCCGCCACCGCAUUCACCAUCACCUUCUUGCAAUCGAUGCUGACCCUGCUUGUGAUCUACUUUCUCCCGGUCUACUUCCAGGCUGUCCUCCUAGCCUCCCCCAUCCGGUCCGGCAUCAUGAUGUUGCCCACGGUGCUGGUGCUGGUGCCCGCCUCCGUGGUGAGUGGCGCCCUGCUCUCCAAGUUCGGCCGCUACAAGCCAUUUCACUUCCUCGGGUUUGCGCUCCUCACCCUCGGGUUCGGUUGUUUUGUCACCCUCGAUGGCUCCUCGCCCGACGUGGCCUGGAUCCUGGUGCAGUUUGUCGUCGCCCUGGGCUCGGGGUGCUCGCUUAGUACGCUGCUCCCCGCUGUCCAGGCCGAGUUCUCCGACCAGGAUACCGCGGCGGCCACGGCGGCCUGGGCGUUCGUGCGCCAGUUCGGCGUGGUCUGGGGCGUGUCUGUGCCGUCGGCCAUCUUCAAUGCACAAGUCGAACACUACCUGCCACGAGUCGACAGUGAGACAAUCCGACAGAGGCUGAGUGGAGGGGCAGCCUACGAACACGCCACCAAGGACUAUGUGACCUCGCUGACCGGGAGCCUGCGAGGGCAGGUGAUUGAUGUGUACUCACAAAGCCUGAGAAUUGUGUGGAUAUUCGCGACGGUGAUUGCAGGGAUUGGGCUUCUAUUAGUCUUUCUGGAGAGGGAAAUUCCGCUGCGUACGGAGUUGGACACGAAAUACGGGCUCAAGGAUAAGAACAAUGGCCCGCUCCAUCUCUCUGCUGGCUGCGUUAAUCCGAAACUCGGAUCCGAUGUCCGUCCGCCGUCCGCCAUGGCACCCGUGAGGCUAUCCUGGCCGUACUCUCGCCACGGGAUAAACAGCCAGCCCAAUUUCACAAUCAUCAUGAUGGCGAUGUGUUUCCUCGCGGGUCAGAUGGCCCUGGUUAUCGUUGUCCUCGUCGCAAUCCAAUUCCGCACAUCGAUAUCCGAAGCCAUUAAUGGACUUAUCUCUGUCGUCAUCCGGUUCCAUCUCUCUCGCCGCUACCCUGUCCACCAUGUCGAUAGCAACGCUGCCCUACCGACUCUCCCAUAUCAAUGGCCUGAUGGACAAGGCGACGGGGCCAAGUUUCUGCACGGCCAAAGCAACUCGGAGCGUUGGGAACGCCAGUUUGGGGGGAUCUAUCGACUCUGGUCGGGCAUGACCCCCGAGCACAUCCAGGCAGUCUUCAAAGACUCCCACAAACAUCUCAAGGCCAAGAAUAACAACUCCGGAUACUUUCUGGGCCAGCUACUGGGUCAAUGUGUCGGGCUGAUCAGUGAAGAUCAGUGGCGGCGAGUGCGCGCCGUCAUGGAGAAGCCCUUCCACCGCAGCGCCUCGAUGGCCUACGUCCCCCUCAUCCGCCGUCGCACCGAACAUUUCUUCGAGGAGCUCUGGGAGACCCGUAAUUUGUCUCGUGGAUUGCUUGAUCCCGCCGAUGACCUCAAGCUCCUCCCCUUCCUGGUCGUCGCCGAAAUUGUCUACGGCCGACUGUCCCCGGACAUCGAAGCAGAGUUGCGCCGGCUGGCCCCCCAGCGCGAGAACCUGAUGAAGCACGUCAUGAAAGGCGGCCUGUCACGCUUCAGCUGGUCACGCUCCCUGCCCACUCAGAAAAACCGCGAGUUGGCAGUAUUCCAGCAACGCUGGCUGGCUUUCAACGAGCUGGCCCAUCGCCGCGCUGUGGAGCAGCACCUAGAUGCCCCUAUUGUCGAUUUCUUCGCCGCCCGAGACGCUGGCCAACUCACCACCCAGGAGCUCCUGCACACGCUGGAUGAGAUGCUGUACGCCAACCUGGACGUCACCAUCGGCGGCUUGAGUUGGAACGUCGUCUUUCUGGCCGCCUACUACGAUAUUGCCGUCCGACUCCGCGAGGAGAUCGCCCACCACCGCGCGACAGCGGUGGACGGCAUAUUAGAUGCCUACCUCCUCGACAACUCCAGCCUCCUGGCCGCUUGUGUCGAGGAAUCUGCUCGUCUGCGACCCCUGGCUGCCUUUUCCGUGCCGCAGGCCAUCCCGACGGCGCGCACCAUCGGGGGCUACCACUUCCCCGCGGGCACCAACUUCGUCAUCGACUCGUACGCGCUCAACAUCCGCAACCCCUACUGGGGUGAGGAGCGCCAUUGCUACCAGCCAGAUCGGUUCCUGGCGCGGAACCCGACCCAGGCGCGAUACAAUUUCUGGAGGUUCGGGUUCGGGCCGCGGCAGUGCAUGGGCAAAUUUGUGGCGAGCUUGGUCAUCCGCCAGAUUCUGGUGCAUCUAGUGGAGAAUUACGAGUUGCGGAUGAUCAAGACAGAUGCGAUGGAGGCCUGGGGGCGCAAUCCAGAGAUUUGGAUAAACCACCCGGAUAUGCAGUUGAGUUGUGUGAAAAAGGUAUGA